UGUCCAGUGGGAUGAAAACCUUAUUCAGUCAGCUGGAAAGAGACCUGCAGGUCCACUAUUUGACAUCAAGUGUUCAGAAGAAGCUGUCUCUAAGCUGCACCUCCGACACUGUGAAAAACAACCUGCAUCGCUCUCUGACCUCAUGUCUGUUGUUCACAUCACUGACAAUGGAAUGAGCCUCCUUGAGCCGCUGGAGAUUACAGACACUCACGUGGUUGUGGAUGUCCCUCACCUCUCAGCCUGGGGUUUGGUAUGGGAUAUCAAAAGGUUUUUCAGCCCAGAUCCAAAACCAAUAUGUGGUCAAGUUCUGCUGUUUCAUCGACCAACGUAUAAGGGGCAACGUCCAAAACUCAACGUGUUUCUACUGCCAGAAAAUGUGCUAGUGCAGGAGGUGAAGGAACAACAAGAAAAAGCUGAGUAUAUUGAUGUCCCUUCCUCCUGUGACCUCAUUGAAGGCCAAACCUACAGUCUGGAAUGUUCUGAGGUAUAUAAAGUGCAGCCUCCGUGUGCGCGAUUUAACUUAAAGUAUGGACCAAAUUACCACAAAACGUUUGAGAUUCGACUGACUCCGAGCACAGAUGACGUGACUGUGACAGUCCAAGACCAAGAGAAGAAACAAGUCUGGGAGUAUGAUGUUGAACUACCUGGUAAAGAAGGUUCUGGCCCAAGAAGGGAAAAUCUACAAGGUAUUGAGACCCUUCCAAGGGAUGAAGAAAAGAGGCUGUUCUCAGUUCGGACAGAGUUUAUUAACCGAGUGUCCAGUUCUGUUCUUAAAGACCUGCUGGAUGCACUUCUACAACACGGGGUCAUCAACAAAGGGGAAAUGGAUUCGAUCCAAGUAAUGCCCAGGGCAGACAAAGCACGAGAGCUGAUUGACACUGUGCUGAGAAAGGGCAAAAAGGCCUCUAAAAUUCUGAUGGAUACCUUCUCUGAGGUAGAUCCAUUUGUUUAUGCAACUCUGCAGUUACAAUGA